UUGUUGAGUUUUUUUUUUUCUUCCUCUUCUUCCCUUUCUCACUCGGUACUUUUUUUGUUUCUUUCUCUCAGAAGAAGGAAUGGCUACGAAGCUCAUCGGUUUCCUCCUCAUCGCCCUGUUGGGCUGCCCGGGGUCCUGCGACCACAAGAGGGAUUUCCCCGAGUUACCAGCCCACCGGGCAGAGGUCUUCCAGCAGCUGGCAUCCUUCAGGGGCGCAUCCAGGGUCAAGAGAGAUGCCCCCCAUAGUCGCAGUGCCCAGCAGGAAGACUGGUCAUCCUCCUGUGCCAGCGGCGAUCCCGACCAGGCCAAAUUAGACAAAAACACCCACAAGUACACAUUUGAGGAUGAUGAUGGUUCUACUGUAACAUUGGCUUGGGUUGGAGAUGGAACUGGGAUUAUUCUUGCUUUGACUACUUUCAACUUGCCACUUCUUUGGCUGUUUUUUGGUGGAACUUCACGACUGUACAGAAGUGAGGAUUACGGGAAAACAUUUGUUGACAUCUCAAGCAUUCUCAGCAACUAUUAUAUACGGAAGGAAUUUGGAAUUAACGUAGGACCAGAGCAUUCCAAGAAGGUAAUUCUGACUGCUGAUGAGUCAAGACACAUCGGACAUAGUGGAAAACAAAGUGGUGUAAUAAUUCGAUCGAGUGAUUCUGGUGAAACAUUUCAUUCUAUCCGUCUACCCUUCCAUCCUGGCCAGCCGAUGCUCUAUCAUUCUACCAAUUCAGAUUACCUGCUGGCCUACAGUGCUGACCAUGUCCUGUGGCUUUCUCAGAACUUUGGUACAACGUGGGUAACGAUCCAUCAAUUUGUGUAUACAUACACCUGGGGACCUGGAAACACUAUUUUCUUCUCAACUCACCCCAAUGGCAUUUAUGAUAAAGAUGCAAGAGGGGUACUGGAGCUAAAGAGGACAAUGGAUUUUGGAAAAACGUUUACAACACUUCUCACCAAGAUACACUCGUUUGGUUUUGCUGGUCGUUUCCUCUUUGCCUCUGUUAUCAGUAACCAGACGCUGCCCAGAUCGGUUUAUGUAUCUACUGAUCAGGGUGAUUCUUGGAAUAAAGCUCAGCUGCCUCCUGUCAGUCAUGAACAGUUUUACUCAAUACUUUCAGCAGACAGUGAAAUGAUUUUCAUACAUGUGGAUGAACCUGGCAAUAAUGGGUUUGGGACAGUUUACACUUCUGAUGAUCGUGGAAUUCUAUUCUCCAAGUCCCUGGAACGUCAUUUGUUCUCUGACACGAGCGGAACAACUGAUUUCACAAACGUGACAUCGCUGCGUGGAGUCUACCUCACAAAUGUGCUUGAUAAAGAUAACAAUAUUCGAUCAGUGAUUACAUUUGACAGUGGAGGAGAGUGGAAACCUUUGAAGAAGCCAGAAAAUAGUCACUGCGUUGCAACAGCCAAGAAUUCAGAGAUGUGUAAUCUUCACAUUCAUGCUGCAUACAGCAUCUCCCAGACCCUGGAUGUCCCUUUGCCCCCACUCAGUGCACCAAAUGCAGUUGGGUUGAUCUUAGCCCAUGGUAGUGUAGGAGAUGCCAUUUCUACCAUGAUCCCAGAUGUUUAUGUAUCUGAUGACGGAGGGUAUUCAUGGUCAAAAGCGUUGACUGGCCCACACUAUUAUGCCAUUCUUGACUCAGGAGGCUUAAUUGUGGCAGUGGAAUCCAAUCCCGACAAGGCCAUACAGAAUAUAAAGUACUCAACUGAUGAAGGGCAAUGCUGGAAAAGUUAUAACUUCACAAAUGAGACAUUUAUAUUUGUGGGGCUUGUGUCAGAACCAGGAACCAAGUCAAUGAAUAUCAGUCUCUGGGGUUACAGCCACGAAAGCAUUUAUUUAACAACUUGGCUGUCAAUAACUAUCGAUUUUGAGGAGCUCCUAACAAGAGACUGCCAAGAAAAGGAUUAUGUCAGGUGGUUAGCUCAUUCCACAGAGGCUGCUGAGAAAACUAACGGCUGCAUCUUGGGAUAUAAAGAAACAUUUCAGCGACUCGCAAAGGCCUCUGUUUGCAGAAAUGGAAGGGACUAUGUUGUUAGCAAAGACCAAAGUUUAUGCUCAUGCACUAUGGGUGAUUAUAUGUGUGAUUUUGGAUACUACCGUGUAGAAGAUAGUGAUAAAUGUGUGGAGCAGCCUGACUUGGCGGAUCGUGUACUGGAAUUCUGCUUACAAGGAAAAGAAGAGCUGCUGAAAACACAAGGGUAUCGAAAAGUCCCUGGUGAUAAAUGUGAAGGUGGUUUCAUGCCCAAUCGAUCAGAACAGAUGACAAACGUGAAAUGUGAACAAGUAUUGUCGCUGAAAGAUCCUUUAUCCAAGAUUACUAUCGGCAUCAUAGUUAUAAGUGUAUUGGCAGUAUCAGUGCUGAUGAUGACAGGCAUUAUCCUUAUUUUCAAGAAAUAUGUGUGUGGAGGAAGGGCCUUGGUCUAUCGUUAUUCAGUUCUGCAAACCAAUACCGAUGAAGCCUGCGGUGCUGAUAACCAGGAUAGCAGCAGAUCAAACACUGAAAGAGUUUACCAUGAUGAUUCUGAUGUUGAUCUUCUUGAGUAAGCCUGUACUUGGCCUGGAUAAUAUGAAAAUUAUCAUUUGCCAACUUAAAUCUGCAAAAUGGACUUUGACUCAUCAAGUGAUAAAAUGUGCAAAAUGUUGCCUGCUGCCCUUGGCAGUGCCUCCUUCCUGCUAGACAGUUUCCUUUGCCAUCCAUUGCUGUUUGCAAAUUUAAAGCAAGUUUUUUUUGUGCCUCUGCUAAUAAAAAAUGGUGAAAGUAUAAUUCCUUUCAUUGUGUGGCUAUGUUCACAAAAGCAACGUGUGUGGAAUCUUAUUUACAGGAUAAACUCUAUGUGGCUUCUUGCCACUUAUAGCCAGUGCAGGUAGCAAAACAGUCCUGCCUGACCAAAUCAUUGGAUGGGGCAGGAGGAAACCCACAGGCAGCUGCAGCAACAAUUUCUCCAAUGUCUGCAGAGUGACUCCUCACUAAACCUACCCUAAUAUGUGGCUCUUAAGUUCACUGAUUAUUUCAACUGGCGGGGGGGGGGGUAUUGUGACUGGCCAGAAACAAUAAGAGGGGAAUGGGGUUAAAUGUUUAUCUUCACUGCCUGGGUUAAUUUUCUCAAGCGGAGCUAAUCUGAUUAACAUCCCAUCUGAGCAGGUGAAAGGCUCCAUUCCAUCAGAUUACUGCCCAGUCCGUGGAGAUGGAGAUGGACCCCAUUAGCCUUCACCUUGUGAUGCAAGAGGCUCCCCUGGUGAUGCAUUUACCUUUAUAAAACCAAGGAAAAGUUGCACUCUCAUUAACUGCUUUUCAGGGAGCAAUUUUAACUGUAAGACCAUAAGACAUAGGAGCAGAAAUUAGGCCAUUCGGCCCAUCUAGUCUGCUCCGCCAUUCAGUCAUGGCUGAUAAGUUUCUCAAUCCCAUUCUCCCGCCUUCUCCACAUAACCUUUGAUCCCCUUACCAAUUUCAGCAUAAGGGCUGCAAUAUUCGUGGAAAUUGCCCCAGUCUUCUGUUGUAAUCUUGGCAUGAAAUCAGUAGAGGCCUCUCCCAAUCCCAAGAGAAAUGGUGUAAGUGGCCAGUUUCUCUAAUUCUUCCACUGGUGUCCCACUGAAAUCAGAGCAGCAGAUGCAGAGAUUCAGGGCAGUAAUUUUGUCUUAAAUAAAAAUUGUUGUUUGUUUUAUUGUGAGGCAGAGUAAUGGUUGCUUGUUUGUUCCUUGUCUAUGAUUGUUUUAUUUAACGCUGUGCUGCAUCUGGAGUAGAAAUUCUUCUUCUUUGUCACCCAGAGCAAGUGAUAGUGCAUCAGUCGCCCAUUAUACACCCCACCCAGUUUUCACUUCCACUGGAUCUGCUAUUGGCCAUUACCAACUGAUUUCCAUUCCAUUACCACCCAAGAGGAAUUUCUACUCUUAGUGUGUCUUGGAGUUCUAACACACACUGAUUGAAUAUAUUUUAUUGAAAUAGAUUAUUUAGGUUGCAUACAAAUGCUUUGAUCAGGUUUCCAGAUAGAUAAAACAGCUUUGUAAUCAUCCUUCCUCAGAACCUCCAGAUCUGAUUGACCAGCAGGAGAAUUCCUCUGUACAAAAUACAUUUGAAAAUAUUAAGACCUUAGGUUUCUUACCCCGAGGGUUUCUAAACUCAUCUUUGCUACACCUGUUUCCCCUCUUCUAUUAUACCUAUCUCCUCAUCCAUAAAUUGUACUUGAAAACUUUAACACCCUUUUAAAAUUAACUAACAACUCUGCACGAAGUAAUUACUUAACUUCUGAGCUGGAAUCUUGUAAAUAGCUUAUGACGGUGGAAUGUUAACUUCUCUGAUUAGAUUACUCGGCCAAAGUUCCCUUCAUCACCAUUUCUCAUGAGUCAUCCCCAUUAAAUAUUUUUCACAUUUUUUAGUUUUGAUAAGGAUUCAAUUGCCAAGCUGAAGUAUAAUAAAGCACCUUGACUGACAUCUUAUAUAAUUUUAUGGAAAGCGCCAACUCUACUUGUAAAUGUAUACUGAAACAGUGGCCUAUGUAAAGCUAUGCACACUAAUGGCUGCAGACCUUUCAGACAGGUGAGGCCUAACCAAGCCAGCUCAUUCCCAUGACAACAGACUCCUCACACAUCCAACAAUACCUGAAGCUAGGACACAGGCCAGUCAUCUCCUUGCUAUUUUUGCAUUGUUUUCCCAAUGAAAUGGCAAAAGAAAAACCCAAUGGAUGAUGAACUGCCUGAAUCAGAGGGUAUGUAAUUGACCAUCGAAAGGCAGAAUCGACCACCUCGCCAAGGCUGAGGGGCAGGUACAGCGUCCUAUGUUGUAAGUCUAGGCAGGGCACUUGACAAGCGACUAUAUAAGACUUUGUACUGGAAGAUGCCAAUGGAAUACAAGCAACUGAAAUUCUACAGUGGCCUGAUUCUUUGAGUGUUUCUGGGAAAAAUAACCUUGCCCUACAUCAAAUUUUGUAUUUUUAAAUUAAAGCAAAUAAUGUAAACAAAAAUGGCUGAGCUUCUGAAUCAGGCUAUCCAACCUGAGCAGCAAAAGGCAUUUCUUCACUCAGUUCAGAGCUUUCAACGUUGAAAGGAUUAAGCACCAGGGUUGCUCGAAAACCAACAGAAUCACCACUUGUUGAGCAAGUUUCUUUUAACUGGUUGAUAAAGGUUAGGGAAGUACUUUUCCAUUGAACAAACAAUAAAUAUGAAAUAGUUCAAGGCUUCACUCAAUUGUUGUGAGGACUACAGUGACAAACUUAUGCAACAAAUUUCAUAAGGUUCAUUGUAGGAAUAUGAUUUCUUGUUCUAUAAUGGAAUUUAUAGAAAUUAUUUUGUCAACAUGAUAUGUAACAGGAGAAUUAUUAUGUAAGUGUAACCUGAAUAAGAUAAUGUAAUAUUUGGAAAAAAGAAAUUGGGAAACGCAAAAAUAUUAUGUUUGAAUCCUGUUAACUGGAGCUUCUAUUGGAAAUGGUGUUCUUCCCUACCAAGAAAAGCUUCUCGAUCUUGGGGAGGACAUGUCAGAGUUCCAACUUGUGUCACAAAACACCACGACUGCGGCACUGCAAGUUGGCCAGUUCCUGCCAUUCUCCAAAUGUCAUAUUACCUGGAAAGAGAGGCAUCUGAGUGAGGCAAAUCCUUGGAGCUGAACUUGUACCAGCUUGGAGUCAGGCAAUUCACUACCUAAAGAUCUAGAUCACCUCAUCCACAUUGGUUUAAAUACAGAUUUUGAAGAGGGGGUUUUGAUGAUGAACAGUUGGCGUUUCCAGUUCUUAACUCUGUACAGUCGUGUGGAUUUUUUUCUAAUGCUGUGAACUUUUAUCAUUUCUGAAGUAAUUCAGGAUAAUUUGGAUGUGGUAUUUGUGCACAUAAAAUGGUGUUUGUUCAAACUGAAAGCUGUUUUGGCUGGUAAAUUAAGUCAAUGAAAUUAUGUUGACUUUGCAACUGCUAAAUAAAUUCUGCUUUGUUAACUA